GGUCGUGUGUGUCGGACUUUUAAAAAAUAAACGCGCGUUGGCGCGAAAAUAUUGCCGCGAACGACUUGUAACUUUUUCGAAAAGGUUCUUUUUUUGGCGAACAUAUCUAAUUCGUAAAUUAAAUCGGGAAUAAAACGUAAAAUAUGAGUACUUUCAAAUAUUUAUUCAGUGUUUUCGUGUAAGGAGAUGCGUGACAAGGUCGAUUUAGCGACAAUUUUAAGUGAGUGACCUAAUAAAAUCCAGUGAUUUGUGUAUGACAGUGUUUCAGUUACUAUCAUGGCCGAUGGGGAAAAUCCAGUGGAGAAAAAUGAAGAAGAGGAAGGCACAGAACUUGAACUCGAAGCGCUGUACCGCCGGUACUGCGUGCGGCUCAAACACGCGCUGUUCGUGUCUGCGCUGUGUGUGACGCUCACAUUCACGCUCAUGUUGCUGAGCGCUGUGUGCAUCCUCCAUGCUGAUGAACUUCCUCAACAAGUUCAUUCCCUGGCGACCCUCUCCGUCAUCCUCUUCGUGCUAUCCAUCGUGCUGGCUAUGGCGUUGUUGCCAGCUGCACCAGAGUGGGAGGCGCUGGCUCUCUCCGGGUCUGUGCUGGUAACAGCGUGUCUGGGUGCAGGCACGUUAAUGGCCACACACCAUGCGCCGUUGCCGCUCUUCGCCCUCAUACUGAUGGUGCACACAAUGAUGCCCAUAGCCCGCUCCAUAGCACUGGCUAUGUCUGCGGCGCUCACGGUAGCUUACAUGGGCUUGGCUCUCGGCCUUGGGCCUCAUGAUGUGGAGAACAAGUUCCAUUUGCAGCUAUGCUGUGAACUGGCCCUGCUCAUCUCAGCCAGCGGCAUCGGGCUAUACUACCGAGCGUUAACCGAGAGAGCUCAUCGGAACACAUUCGCUGGUACCAGAACUUGCCUGGAGCAAAGGGUCAAGCUGGAGUGUGAGCGAGAGCAACAGGAGAGGCUGUUGCUCUCUGUCAUACCUGCGUACAUCGCGGCUGAGGUGAAACGCUCAAUAAUGCUCAAAAUGGCGGACGCGUGCGCCGACGCGUCCAAACAGACCCGCUUCCACGAGAUGCACGUCCAGAGACAUAACAACGUGAGCAUCCUGUACGCGGACAUCGUCAACUUUACGCCGCUGAGCGAGCGGCUGAGCGCGUCCGAUCUGGUCAAGACGCUCAACGAACUGUUCGGGCGGUUCGACCAGAUUGCUCAGGAAAACCAGUGCAUGCGCAUUAAGAUCCUGGGAGACUGUUACUACUGCGUGUCUGGUCUGCCCGUGUCCCGUCCGAACCACGCUUAUAACUGUGUCAACAUGGGCCUACAAAUGAUUGACGCUAUUAGAUUCGUCCGCGAAGCCACCGGCUUCAAUGUAGACAUGCGCAUUGGCAUCCACACCGGCAACGUUCUAUGCGGCGUGCUGGGCCUUCGCAAGUGGCAGUUCGACGUAUGGAGUGAUGACGUCACGCUCGCUAACCAUAUGGAGUCCGGCGGGAUUGCUAGCCGAGUCCACAUAACGAAAGCAACACAGCUCCAGUUGGGCGGUCGGUUUGAAGUGGAGCCAGGUGACGGUGCCUCAAGGGAAGGGUACCUUGCCGACCAUAAAGUUGAGACCUUCCUGAUUAUACCCCCAAAGAAACCAUCUGGCAUAUCCGAAAAUGGUCGUCUAUCAGUAUGCACAGUUGACCGAAAGGCUAGCAUAGUAUCAUCUAUCUACAACGAUAUUUCACCGACGAAACCGCGUGACAACAUCAGUCCUGUACCGUCGACGAAUAGUUUUGAAGAUGUCGCCCCUAAAGUUCUCAGGACAGAGUCUAUGAGGACUACUGUAGGAGUACCGGGAGAUCUCAGUAGACGAGCAUCAGUGAAAGUGGAACCCAAAACAGUAGCUUUCGAAAACCAAGCCACGAGUCCAGGAGAAGGUUUAGGGAAUGGAGUAGUACCAGCCAGCACUAAGCCUAAAAGUCGGAGCGGGUCUAUCAUUGGAGCAAUCAGUCCUAUUAUGGGAACAGCUAUUCCUGGUGUUCCUAGUAGAUCUAGACCUUCUAGUAAAAUGACGAAGUACGUCGAAUGCUGGGGCGCCGACAAACUUGCCAACAUCACCGAUUCUACUCUUGCUAAGAACAUUGGGAUAUCUAGCCUUGCCAUGAUUGAACAUAAUUUGUUGCCCCAAAGGACAACGUGUUGCGAUUGCAGCAACACAUCAGAAGACAUGAACCGGGUCACAUUAUGGUUCACACGCGGCAGCCAGGAGCGGCAGUACCGGAACCAACCGGACGAACAGUUCAAAUUUAACGUGGCUUGCGCUGCCCUACUGUUCCUGCUGUUAGCUGUGAUACAAAUACUCACAGUGCCAAGGGGUAUCGUCCUCUACGCAUCGUUCGGGCCGACGUUUUUCAUGCUGAUGGUGUUCGUGUAUUUGUCGUGGCACGACGGCACGUUUCCGCGACGGCCACUGUCCGACAUCCCCGCUGCUGACGACUUGUAUGCUGACACCUGUACUAAACCGGGACAGGUGGUGACAAACAAUAGAUACAUCAGAAUCACGAUGUUCCUGGUGUCAGUUUUUCUGAUCGGCGCUUGUGCUGUCAUAAACUUAUUUCAGCCGUCAGACUCCGACGACCAGCCUGAGAUACUGAGGUGGCAGAGACUACAGAACGACACCAACUAUACCAAUGAAGUGAAGGCCGACAGAGUACGGCAUUUUGAACUGGAAGAAGCGCCGAGCUACCUCUACAGCUCAGUGCUCACCUUGGCCUCAAUCUCCGUGUUCCUUCGCGUAGGAUUCGUCCUGAAGUUAGUGGUGAUGGGCUGCGUACUAACUACACAUAUCGCGCUGUUUGCAUCUUCAGAGCUGUUCUAUAACAACCCGCUAACGUCUGAGCCUGACGAAUUUUCCAUGCUCUCAUACGCAACCAAAGCCGGCCUAGUGCUAGUCUUCGUAGCCGCCCUCCUUCAUCUGGACCGCCAGAUCGAGUUCACAUCGAGAACCGACUUCCUCUGGAAGGACAAACUCAAGUUUGAACAGGAGGAGGUGGAGACGAUGAGGGGAAUCAAUAAGAUUCUGCUGGAGAAUAUUCUGCCUGCUCAUGUUGCGCAGCAUUUCUUGACGUCUGUGGCUUCGGAGGAGGACCUCUACCACGAACGCUACUCAAGCAUCGCGGUCAUGUUUGCGUCCAUUCCCAACUACAAGGAGUUCUACGAUGAGACUGACGUCAACAAGCAGGGGCUAGAGUGCCUGCGGUUACUCAAUGAGAUUAUCUGCGACUUUGAUAAGUUAUUAUUGAAGCCGAAGUUCAGCGGAAUAGAAAAGAUCAAAACCAUUGGAAGCACUUACAUGAUUGCUUCAGGAUUAAGGCCAGGAAAAGAGGAUCAAACGGAUGCGAAAGGAAAGGAAGAGCAUACAGUGGCGAUCCUAGUGGAGUUUGCGUUUGCUCUGAUGACAAUCCUGGACCAGAUUAACCGAGAAUCGUUUCAGAGGUUCAAACUUAGGAUAGGUUUAAACCACGGGCCAGUGAUAGCCGGAGUUGUUGGCGCUCAGAAGCCUCAGUACGACAUUUGGGGCAACACCGUCAAUGUGGCUUCAAGAAUGGACUCCACGGGUGUCAUGGGACGGAUACAGGUCACAGAGGACACUGCUAAGGUUCUCAUGAACGCAGGCUACACGUGUGAAUGUCGAGGACCCACAUUUGUGAAGGGGAAAGGAACACUAACCACAUAUUACGUCAAACCACCCACAUCCAUUGGAGGGAUGUAAAUCGGAUAUUCUAAAAUACGUUGGUAAAGGUCUAAAAUAACCUGUAGCCGUUUUCACCACGGUCAAAGUGCCAUUGCACUUUCAUAAUUUUGGUGCCCAUUUCUGGGUCAGUAAGUAACAAUGUUACUCAGCGAUAAUAUUUACUUCUUGGACAGGCUGAGCUGUGAAGUAUCACUGUCGCGUGACAAAUGUCACCGUGGUGAAAUACAAGGUCACUGACAAGAUAGCCAAGUCAACAUUUCUUCUAAGUGUGCCAUAAUGUCUUGGAAUAAAUGUUGAUUUAAUUAGUUUACUUAUUUUAAUCAUUAGCAAUGUAGUGCGAAAAGAUUUGCCUUCGUAUUGUUACGGAAACUUACGAACGUCUCAUGCUAUUUCAGUACAAGAUGUACUGACAUUGACUCAACUAGCAUGACAAAUACGAACGUUUCCGGAAAAAUACGAUGGAAACCUUUCCGCACUACAUUUGUACAUAGUCAACGAGUGGCAAAGAGGUUGGUCCGCUAAUAGUGUAUGAAGGUUUAACCUCAUUUAUUAAAGGAAAGUACCUACUUCGAAGUUUUUGAAGUUGUGUGUGAUAUUUUACAACAAAGGAAAAGAGAUAAAUGUCAUGUAAAUAUGAAUGUUUAUAUUAUUAUUUGACAAGAAAAUUUAGAGUGUUUUGUCCUAAAAUGUAUCAAAGAUUUAUUUUGACUGGUAUGUAGGUAUGUGUACCUAGGUAAAACGUUUUUUUG